GACUCAGCCUAGCCCAGGCAAGCUACUGGCCCUCUCCUGAGCUCAAGGAACCUUGACACAAUGGUGUUCGCAUUUUGGAAGGUCUUUCUGAUCCUCAGCUGCCUUGCAGGUCAAGGUAGUAUGGUGCAGGUGACCAUCCCAGACAGCGUCAUGAACGUGACUGUUGGAUCUGAUGUCACACUUGUCUGCACCUACACCAGCACUGUGGUCUCCCGGGACAAGCUUUCCAUCCAGUGGUCAUUCUUUCAUAAGAAGGACUUACCACCAACUUCCAUUUACUAUUCUGAAGGUGGACAAGCUACAGCCAUCGGGCAAUUUAAAGGUCGGAUUGUAGGGUCCAGCGACCCAGAUAACGCAUCUAUCACUAUUUCACAUAUGCAACCAGCAGAUAGUGGUGUCUACGUCUGUGAUGUUAACAACCCCCCUGACUUUGUCGGAAAAAAUCAAGGCAUCCUCAAAGUCAAUGUGUUAGUCAAGCCUUCUAAGCCCCUUUGCAGCAUCCAAGGAUUACCAGAAACUGGCCAUCCUAUAUCUCUUUCUUGCCUCUCGGUCUUUGGGACACCUUCCCCUGUGUACUACUGGUAUAAAGUUAAAGGAGGAGACAUCGUCCCAGUGAAAGAAAACUUCAACCCAGCCACUGGGACUUUGGUUAUUGGAAACCUGACCAAUUUUGAACAAGGUUAUUACCUGUGCACUGCUAUCAACAACCUUGGCAAUAGUUCCUGCGAAAUUGAUCUAACUUCUUCACAUCCAGAAGUUGGAAUCAUUGUUGGGGCAUUGGUGGGCACCCUAGUAGGUGCCGCCAUUAUCAUCUCCGUUGUGUGCUUCGCAAGGAGCAAGGCAAAGGCGAAGGGGAAGGGAAGAAAGAGAAAUUCGAAAACCACCACAGAGCUCGAACCAAUGACGAAGAUCAACCAAGGGACAGGGGGUGAGGUCAUACCAGCUGAAGAUGUUAUCCACCUAGAAGGGCCUUUGCCACCUUCCGUCCAUGAGGAUGAGCCCGAUACCAUCCUAAGGCUGGAUUGUGAGCCUAACCCCCUGCCGGGGCUUGUCCAGGAGGCUGCCCCACAGCCUACCUCAGGUCCUGAGCCUAUUCUGGUGCCUGAGAUUGAGAUAGAGCGGGAGCCAGAGCCGGAGACGGAGCCAGAGGUGGAGCCCGAGCCCGAGCCCGAGCCCGAGCCCGAGCCCGAGCCUGAGCCCGGGAUUGGGGUCCGGCCUUUGUGUAGCAAGGAAAAGGGAGUGAAUAAGCCAUAGGCUGGUAGCCUAAGUACAGUGUUCAUCACUAAAGAACCCAUAACCGGCAUUUAGAAUUCUGCUGACUUAACCAAUCUCCCACCACCUCCGUCCAUUCUGACCAACCGUCUUCUAAUGAGGUGCUCCCACCAUCAAUCAAAUAAACAGGUCAAGAUACCUACUAAGUAAGUGCAAGGGUUCCUGUGUUACUUACCAUUUCACUAACAUGUAAGCAUAACUAAAGAUAAGGCAAGUGAUUUCUAAUUCGGUUGAAAGUGCUUUGCAGCAAUAUCUACGUUGUAUUUCAGAAAACCUUAUUUCUCUAUUUUUAGCCACACUUUGUUACAUUCCACAUGCACACCUGACAAGGUGGCAUUAAUUGAGUUCAAUAUUAUUUCUACGAUCAGUUGUCAAGGCUUCCCUAUUCAUUUCCACAUUUCACAUUGGCCCCAAAGACAAAAGUUUGUCGGCAUUCAGUCAUAGAUUAGAACAAACAAUCCUCAAAAAUUCCGGAGAAGAAUAUGUAAAUUAAUUGGUACAAAUUAAUUACCAUAUUAAAUUGGUACAAAGCAUUUAAAACUUCGUCUUGAAAUAACUGUUUCAUUUAUCAUAUUAGAUUUCCCAAGGACCCACUGUGCUAAUCAGUAUCUUGAGCGUAGCAACAUUUUUAAAUAACCUAACUUUUAAAUGCAAAAUAACGUACAGGCAAACAAUUCCAAAUAGUAUUUUCCUCUGCUGAAUACACAUCAUAGGUGAUGUACAAUUUCGCUUUUAAUGAGAUACUAUGUUACUCCUGUGUCUGAUGCUAUCCACUUGGGAAGGGCCAGAAAUGGGAAACUGUUCUAAAUGAACACCUAAGAUCUAUUUUAGAUAAUCUGAACUAAUUAUUUGAUCUGUUUCGCGGUUGAAAUAUUCCACAUGAAUAGAUACCAUUCUUGUAUAAAUGCUAAAUAUUAACUAAAGUGCAUUGAUGUCA